UUGUUGUGUUGACCUUGAGAGCAUGUGUGCGACGAGAGAUUAAACCGCGAAAUUGUCAAAAUUUAUUGUAAACGAUUUCAAUUCGGAAACACCUUCAUCUUUCAUCUUAAUCUACUCCAUCUUAGCCGGCUGCGUCAAUGUCCUGAUUUUGUCAGGUACUAUAAUGGUGGACAAAUCUCCAGAGUGUCACAAACACGAGUCUGAAUGCAGCAGCAGCAGCAGCAUCAAUGUAUUCAAGCCAAGAAAAUUCACACUCGGUGGAACAAAGGUUGAGUUUCCUUAUGCGCUCAAACCAUACCCCAGCCAACUUACCUGCAUGGCCAAGGCUGUGACAGGUGCGAGGCUUGGACAAAAUUGCUUGCUGGAAAGUCCAACAGGCUCCGGAAAAACAAUGGCUAUGCUCUGUUCCCUGUUAGCAUGGCAGAAGCAGUUCAGAGAGGAAGCUGAACUGGCCGCUCGCCAGGAAAUGGCACAAAAGCUCCAAGAAUUUUCAGAGAGUAACGCUGCACAACUUGUGAACCAAGGUGGCCCGGACAUUGAAAUUUCCAAAGAAAAAGAGGCGGGUUUUCUCAGAAAACAAACCUUUGAGUUGUCACCAAAGGGUGACUCGCAUGAAGCUCAGAUUCCUGAAAAUCCAACCAGAAACAGAAUGAGCAUGCUAGAUAGUUGGUCAGACGAUGAAGACGUGAAGGUUGCCACUCCUGUCACAAUUCUUGAUAGCGAUGACUCGGACGAAUACUUCAAAUCACCCAAGAAAAAACACUUGAAAUCAUCAGCUCCCGUGAAGACUCCGCAUAAGUCAGAAAAAAGGGAAAAGACAAGUCCCAAAAAGCAACCCCAGCCAGAGAAAAAAGUGGGAGAAGAACCUGCUUAUAAGCCAGUGAAAGUCAAAGUUCCCAAAAUUUUCUUUGCCACUCGAACACACAAGCAAAUUACUCAGGUUGUUGAGGAGCUAUCAAGGACUCCCUACAGCAACACCAAAAUGACAAUCCUAAACAGCAGAGAGCACUCCUGCCUUAGACGUCUGGAAGAUCCCUUUAAGUCAAAGACUGAAAUGUGCAAGUCUCUUCUGGAGAAGAAUGGCAUGGAAGUGGAAGAGAAUUAUGGACGAAAGAAAAAGGGAUGCCACUUAAAAAACAAUUUGGUUCGUCAACCAAUUGAACACCUGAUGGAUGCUAUGGACCUGACUGAAGCUCCUUGGGAUAUUGAAGAUUUUGUGGCAGGCUGCAAAAAAUUCAGCAUCUGCCCUUAUUUUGCUACAAGAGACUUGAUGGCUACUGCAGACAUUAUCUUUUGCCCAUACAAUUAUAUUGUUGAUCCUCUGAUCCGACAGUCGAUGAAUAUCAAUUUGUCUGGCAAUAUUUUGCUCUUUGAUGAGGCGCACAAUAUUGAAGACGCCUUUAGAGAGUCCAACAGCUUCAAGUUCACUGCAGGAAUUUUAAAUGAAGCUGUAAAAAAUUGUGAUUUAGGGUCGAUGAUUAGCAGCAAGAAAGCUGAGUGUGCCCAGCUGAAAGAAGCGUUUUUGACCUUUGAUAAAUGGAUGACAGAAGCAUCAAGCAAACUGCGCUUGGAGGACUCUUUCUCCAGAGAGAGAACAUGUACUUUCAGUGGCAGUCGAUUUGCAAAUGAAAUGGAAGUGGCUGGAUUUGACAAAAAAGCAUUUGAUCUAUUUGUGAGAGCUGCAGAAGCCCUUUUUUCAGAAGAGGGAGCUGGUCAGAUGAGUCCGACCAAAAAUGCAGAAGUAGUUAAGGAUGAGGAGGGUUUGGGUACAGCCAAUAUGCGGAUUACUGACAUGUUCAAAGCUUCCCCUCAACUCCGCACUAUGGUUGAUGGGCUAAAGCUCGUCAUGAGUAGGAUUUUCAGUGAAAAUCUUGGCAACCGAGAUGAUUACAACGUGGUGCUCUUUGAAACCGCCUUCAAAGUCUAUCGAGAGGGACCAUCAGAAGGUGGCUGGCAGAAAAAAGGGUCAGUCGACGCAUCAGUUGAGCUCGGUCUGAAUUUGUGGUGCAUGAAUCCUGCGAUUGGGUUUGCUGACCUACAAGAUGCCCGCAGUGUCAUUGUGACUUCUGGCACCUUGUCCCCCAUGACCUCAUUCCAAUCUGAACUUGGCGCCAAGUUUCCACACAGCCUGUCCACAGAUCACGUCAUUAGCCCUUCACAAGUUUGGGUUGGAAGUGUCUCCACAGGGCCGCGAGGAAAAUCCGUCAAUGGAGUUUACCGAAACGCAGUUACAAUCGACUACCAAGAUGAGAUUGGGCUAUCGAUUCUUGGCAUUUGUUCGAUUGUACCAUUUGGAGUCCUUUGCUUUUUCCCUUCAUACGCUGCUCUAGAAAACGUCAUGAAAAGGUGGCAAAUGUCUGGUGCCUGGCACAAACUGACUGCCAUUAAGGACGUGAUUGUCGAGCCAAGGCAGGCAAAGGACUUUUCUGAUGCCAUGACGAGAUUUGAUAGCUCAAUCCGGAGAGCUGAGGAAGGAGUUGGUCAGACGCAGACAGGAGCUCUGCUGCUGGCAGUGUGUAGAGGGAAGGUUAGUGAGGGCAUAGACUUCAAAGACAACCACGCCAGGGCUGUUAUCACUGUCAGUAUUCCAUACCCCAACAUCAAGGAUUUGAAUAUUAAGCUGAAGAAAGAGUACAAUGACAAGAACCAACACAGGCAGCUGCUUCCAGGCAACCAGUGGUAUGAAAUCCAGGCUUUCAGGGCAAUCAAUCAAGCCCUUGGAAGAUGCAUCAGGCACAAAAAUGAUUGGGGUGCGAUCAUUCUCCUUGACGACCGUUUCUCUGAACAAAGCAAAGCCACGAAGUCGAUUUCAAAGUGGGCUGCCAAAAAUCUUACUUGCUACAGCUAUUGGAUUGAUGUUGAAGAAGGUUUGACUAAUUUCGUCAAGAGGAUGACCUCAAAUUCCAGUGCAGAAUAACUUAACUAUGUAUUUAACUUUUCCUGAAUUUCAUAUUCUCUCAGGUGUAGAGCAAAGAAUAUAUUCAAUUUAUUUUUUUUAAAAA